AUGUUCUUUCGAACCUGCACACGAGCUGAAUGCGAUCUUCCGUCCCUUGCCUUUCAACUAUCCCCUGUCUUUGGAAGUCAUAACAAUGCGAGCAGCUUCUUCUCACAGAAGGGCCAGAACGCACAAACAUUAGUGGAUAUCCUACAAGCUAUCCUCAUGCGUUCCAAGAUCGAUGCGAGAUCACAACGCAUGGCUCGUUACGCAAUGAUACACCUCGCUGCAAAUUCAAGCCGUUACCCGCAAUGUUUAAAUUUACGCAAUGUCACUUGGGGAACAAGUCGAAUGUUUGCACGUGGUAAAUUUGCAGAUAUCUACAAAGGAAACAUCAAAGCAAAGCCAGAUGUACAGCUCGCUGUCAAAGUCUUCCGCAUGCACCAGACUUUUGGCUUCGAAAAGCCUCUAAAGUACCUUGCAAGAGAAGCCACAGUGUGGGGCCAGCUUCGACAUCCCAACAUUCUUCCAUUUUAUGGUGUAUUGCAACAAGGAGCAACAUUGAGCCUCGCUUCUCCGUAUCUCAAAUAUGGACAAGUUCGCCACUAUCUUGAAAUACAUCCCAGUACCAACAGGGCGCUGUUGGUGCGAGCUUUCGCUUCUCGUUUUGAUGCGGUAUAUGUGUCCUUACUUUGCUCUAGGCGUUGGAUGUUGCGCAAGCGUUAG